AUGAGCAACGACGGGACCGAGACUAAGGACAUCAAUGGCGGCGGCGAAGGUCUGUUGACAGCCUCGCUCGACCAGCUCCAAAGCAGCGACUACCGCCAGGUCUUGGACGUCGUUGAUAAUCCUCGCACAUGUGGACUCGGUACCAUUCUGCAGCUCCCACAGAUUGUGGUUUGUGGUGACCAGUCUUCUGGCAAGAGCUCAGUGCUCGAAGCUAUCACUGAGGUGCCGUUUCCGAGGAAGGAGAAUUUGUGUACCAGGUUCGCCACUGAGAUUGCGAUGAGACGUGACUCAAAGGACUCAAUCAAGACCAAGAUCAUCCCAGACAAGACUCGUACGGAGAAGGAGAUUGUCAAGCUUGAGGCUUUCACCAAGACCAUCAGCGACUUCGAUGAUCUACCGGACCUGAUUGAGGAAUGUACUGAGCUCAUGGGUCUGAAUGAUGGCUCGGGUACAGGACGUGGCACCAAAGCCUUCAUCCGGGAUGUGCUUAGCAUCGAGAUCGCGGGACCAAACCGUCUCCAGCUUACGCUGGUCGACUUGCCUGGCUCAAUCAUGUCCGCCAACAAUGAGCAGACUGCUGAAGACGUCACGCUCAUCCACGAUCUGGUUAAUGAUUACGUCUCCGAGAGCCGCACGAUCAUUCUUGCAGUCGUGACGGCCAAGAAUUAA